ACCAAAAUCAUGUAACCGAGGGAUUUUAUCGUUGCCGAUCGCAGCCUCAAUAAACUAUAUACUUGAUAGAUUUAUUUUCUACAAUUAUAUUUGAUAUAUUUUAUUUUAAAUCAUAUUAGAGAAAAUAUUAUGCUAUAUUAAAAUUUGCAGAAGCUCUAUUACUCCAGUUAGUUUGCCCCAACGGUGAUGGCGUCAAAAGGUUCAACACCUCCGUAUCCCAGUGCUGCUAGAAUCGCCGAUUCUCAGUGUUUUCCGCAAUACACCGCUUCUCUCAAAUGUUUAGAAAAAUUUAAUUCUGAUAAGAGUAAAUGUCAAGAACAUUUUGAUGUUUACAAGGAGUGCAAGAAAAAAGAGAGGGAAGCACGAUUGGAACGAAAUAAAAAUCGGUCCCUCUUCUCAUGAAACCUUGGCUGGGAUUUUACUGAUUGUAUAAUAGAAAACAAAAUCAAGACUUCACCAAGAUCACUGGUUCACCUAUUAUAGCACUGAGCUUAUGAAACUUUCUGAAGCUGCUGCGAGAUGAUGUUCCAAUAAAUGUGUACAAUGGUAUUCUACACUAUGCCCUUUUUGUCUCAAUUCUUAGUUAGGUUCCUUUUUCUUUCUUUUUUAAAUGCAUAGAAGUGUUUUAACUGUUAAAUUCUAGCAAGAAAAUUUAAGUUAAUCGGUGA